AUGGCCAAUCUCCUGCGUGUCAAGUAUAACAACGAAACAUACGACUACUCAAUAGUUCUCGUUCUCGAUAACGAUAGCGCCAUCUUUGCUAGAAGGGAAAUCUUUAGGUAUCCCAAGAUCUUUAGAAAAGUCAAUUUUCACCCUUCCGCUGGGUCGAGAGUCAUGAUGGGAAACGUGGAACGUCCUGCAGGAAGGUCUCUGAUUGAGUUUGAGUUUGCACCAAAGGUGAUUCUAGGUAAUUCGGUGGGAGACGCGACUCCGCCUAAGGUGCUGAAUUUGCGCGUCAUCCCCAGUACAGACCCAGCUGAGCCUGCGUUGAGAGAGUUUGUGGUUGUUGAUAUGCAGUUUGAGUUUAGUGAGAAAUGGAGUGGAGAAGGAAGUCUCAAGUUUAACAAAGGAUUUGCAUCGACUCCAUGGGCUAAUCUGGAGGUUGAUUCGUAUGUUGGUUCUUGGAUGGGGAAGAGCAAGGCGGCUCUGGGUAACAAAGUUGAACGCUUUCCUCUUUGA